CGGCGAGAAGAAACUACUGAUAACACCACCACCGUUGCAUGGUAAUGGAUCAACAGUAGCAGUGAGUGAAGUCUGUGUAUACCGUAAAUGAAUUUGGCGCAUUUCUUGGCAUUAUUUUUCCACUUUAAAAUCACAGCUGUCACGAAAAUCCUGCGGAAUUCUGAUGAGCUACAGCGGCUCCAGGACAGCCAUAGUGUCGGCGCGAGAAUGCGAUCGGCAGUCAAUCGAGCCACUACGAGUAAUAUGCGAUGCUCAGUGUGGACGGCGUGCACUUUGCAAGAAGAAACUGUGUAGUUGUUGUGGUAACCUGCCCGGAUACCAGUGUAGACUUUAUCUCAGGUGUCCCGGUAUCCGCCACUGGCUUCGCUUCUUCUGUACAGCCGCCGCAACAGGUAUUUUCUGAGUUUCGUGACGUAUCAUCUGACCUCCGGUUUGCAGUGGCUACAACAAUGGCGAAGAACACGCUGGAAACAGGCGAUAGCUUGCGGCUGCUGAGUUUCGACGAGUUAUUUAAGUCGUCGGAGGUUAAGACCAUUCAAAAAUUCCAAGGUUUUAAACGACAGAACACUCUGAAAGGAGACACGCGAGCUAAGAACGAGUUGCUCAGCGUUCUCCGGCAGCAGCGGGUACUGGUGGAUGACAAUGCUAUUCACUUCAUAGCAGAGGCUCGAAGCGAAAGCAAGGCAGACGCGAGAAACUCCGUGUUCAAACUGGCGCAGAAGUACAAAGUUUUGCCAGAUACGGAGAACGUAAAAAAAAUCAAGCAGUUAUUUGGGAAGGUGAUGGAGGAUGACUCAGGAGACGAAGACUGGGAGCCGUCGUUUCGUCGGCUGCCUGAUUGCCUAAAGACGAAAAGGGCGCUCAAAUUUAUGGAAGAUGAUGUUUCGCAUGAUAUUCUGCUUGGGGAAAUUGGCACAAUAGAGGAUGAGUCUUCGAACCUGGGCGGUGACGUCGUUACAUUGGAGACCGUGAAAGAAGAACCCGAAGAAGUAAUGGGCCGCGUCAUUGACACACAAGCAGGAGAACUCGGAUUGUCUCUAGGUGGUGCAGAAGGUACAUCGCACGCGAAGGAAGCGCAAGAAUCAUCUGACGACGAGGAUGAGGAUGACGCCCAUUUUGAUGGCGAGGAUCUGAAAGUACUGAACGACAUGCAGAAGGAGUUCAUCGGGAAUAAUCUUACAGCGUGGUUGAAGGACAUCAGGAAAGCGUACGAAACGGGUGUCAAGUUGGUGAAGGUCAACGCAUUAGGAUACAAGUUCAUCCGCAUUGUUACAUUGAAAGAGAUGGUCCUGUCGAUCAGACAGCCUCACACGCACUCGAAGGUGAAAGUAGAGCGCCAAGCGGUGAUCACUGAAAUUGUGGCUGUGAAGCUCGGGCGCGACUCAAAGGAAUUUCGCGCGCUCGAUCAGCUUGUGGACGAAGGCAAAGAAGCCGCGGAUACUAACCCGCCCGCAACCCUCUGCGCAGUCGUCGAUCUCCCGCAAAAUAGAUCGCUGUCCCUGGUGUUUCUCGAAGAAGACCAGAGAAACGGGUUUGUUUUUUAUCUUCGUGUUCUGCUAAAGAAAGCAAAGGCAGCGGCUCAACAACUCCAGCAGAGUGCAUGAGUACGUUACGAGCAGCGGAACUUCUCCGGCAUUAUCAGAGAGCAUGACCAUGUGAGCUCCGUUUGGACUUCGGAGGAAGAAGGCGUGUAUUCUGUCAACCGUGCACCGCAUACUUCAACGUCUCAUAUAUGUCCUAUAUUCUUGCUGGUUGCGUAAAGAGGGUCUCUCGCGGCGAACCAGGAAAGUGUCAUUGCGGCAACAGGGGGUGUGGCCGUUGGGUUCAUGCCGUAUUUCGUCGAAUGGCAGCUUCCGUCGCGACAUACGCAUGUGUCUUGUUCCCGAGGUCAAAAAGAUGCGCUCGAUCAGGUGGCACGUGCUCGUGGUCUAGAGGUCUGGGUGGUGAGUCCCUGGUUAUGCUGUGUUUCUCCACCGCUGUGCCUUGUCGUCUUUUAGGCCUGUUUAAGGCGGUGUCUAACAUACAUAUGGAGAAAGCGUCCACACCCUUUGGCUUUUGAGGAAACACCCUUUCCUCCAUGGUGACUGGAGCACAACUGCGUUGUUUGUUGUUGUUUUGCUAGUGGUCUAGCGACUGUUCUAUACCCAUUCCACAAAAGGUUAAACACUGCAACCAUCUCUAAUAAGGCCGUUGUCCUUUGCAGAAAUUCCGGAACAGACAUUCAUAUCGCAAAACGCAUCACGUUAGGCGCCCAAGCACCAUCGUUAUAACAUACCACUGUAUUCUCACUUCUGUCGCUGCACGAGCUGCUUGUUUCUCCAACGAUAUUUCGUAUCGUCGUUGUGUGCCCAGUGGAGCCGCUGAAGAGCGAGUUGUGCUCCGUGCCUAGUUGUUAUCUCAAUUCAUGCA